GCCUUGCCUGUCUGCAGUGCCCAUGCUGCUGGACUUGGGAGCUGCCCCUAGUAAGGCCCAGCUUUGCUGCAUGGACCUGGGCAGUGCUGAGCCAUCCCUUCAAGUUCAAGGGCUCUCCUCUGAGCCCUUGGUUUCUUUCUGGCAGGGACUGUGUCCUCUCUCCACCAGCCGUGCCUCUGUGGUCUGGGGAAGAGCAGAGAUUGCAGAUCUGCCCCUUGGAACAGCCCAGCAGGGCAUAGUGGUGACCUCUUCCUCCAUAAGCAUGGCUUCCCAGAAGGACCUGGAGAAGAGCUGACAGGAGAAGAUGCAGUCAGAGAUCAAGAUGGAUCAGCCAAAGUGUAGCCCCAAAGAAGAGGAGGAGGAAGAGGACAACAUGGAGAGUGAUGAUGGGAAAGAUGACUAUAAGGAUGCUGACUACGAGGAGGAGGAGAAUGAUGAAGGUGACCAAGAUGAUGAGGGCCACUGCCACAGCCACACCAGAGAGAAGCUGUUCCACUGUGCUGAGUGCAGCAAGAGCUUCAGUGACAAAUCUGACCUUGCUGCCCACGAGUACACACACACUGGUGAGAGGCCUUUCCCCUGUCCCGACUGCAGUAAGAGGUUUAGGCAGAUUGACCACCUCAUGCAGCAUCGCCACACACACACCAGCAAGAAGCCCUUCAGCUGUGCUGAUUGUGGCCAGACCUUCAACUACAGAUCUUCCCUCACCACCCACCAGUGCUCACACAUGGGCAAGAAGCCCUUCACCUGUGCUGACUGUGGUAAGAGCUUCAGUCACAGCUCUGCCUUCACCCGGCACUGCAUUACACACACUGGUGAGAAGGUUUCCUGCCCCGACUGUGGCAAAAGCUUCACCCGCAUAUCCACCCUCAGCAACCACCACAAGAUCCACACUGGUGAGAAGCUGUUCCCCUGUGCAGAGUGUGGCAAGAGCUUCACUCUAAGCACUACACUCCUCCAGCACCGCCUCAUCCACAGUGGCGAGAAGCCCUAUUGCUGCACUGACUGUGGCAAGAGCUUCAGGAGCAAAUCCCAUCUCACUCUCCACCGCCGCAUUCACACUGGUGAGAAGCCCUACACCUGUGAUGACUGCAGCAAGACUUUCACUGACAGGUCCUCUCUCACCAAGCACCGUCAUGUCCACACUGGUGAGAAGCCCUUCACCUGCAGUGUCUGCAGCAAGAGUUUCACUGACAAGUCCUAUCUCACCAAGCACUAUCGUAUUCACACUGGUGAGAUGCCCUACAGCUGCACUGACUGUGGCAAGAGCUUCACAACCAAAUCCCAGCUCACUCUCCACCAGCGCUCACACACUGGCGAGAAGCCAUAUACCUGUGCUGCCUGUGGUAAGAGCUUCAUCUGCAGCUCUACCCUCACCAAGCACUGCCUUACACACACAGGUGAGAAGGUUUCCUGCCCCGACUGUGGCAAGAGCUUCACCCGCAUCUCUACCCUCAACAACCACUGCCGGAUCCACACUGGCGAGAAGCUGUUCCCCUGUGCAGAGUGUGGCAAGAGCUUCACCCACAGCACCUCAUUUCUCCAGCACCGCCUCAUCCACAGUGGCGAGAAGCCCUAUUGCUGCACUGACUGUGGCAAGAGCUUCAGGACCAAAUCCCAGCUCACUGUCCACCGCCGUAUGCACACUGGUGAGAAGCCCUACAGCUGCACUGACUGUGGCAAGAGCUUCAGGAGCAAAUCCAAUCUCACUCUCCACCGCCUCAUCCACACUGGCGAGAAGCCCUACAGCUGCACUGACUGUGGCAAGAGCUUCAGGAGCAAAUUCCAGCUCACUCUCCACUGCCGCAUGCACACUGGUGAGAAGCCCUACAGCUGUGGUGCCUGCAGCAAGACUUUCACUCGCAGGUCAUCUCUCACCAAGCACCAUCGUGUCCACACUGGUGAGAAGCUCUUCACCUGCAGUGUUUGCAGUGAGAGUUUCACUCACAAGUCCUCUCUCACCAAACACCAUCGUGUUCACACUGUUGAGGAGCCAUACACCUGUGGUGACUGCAGCAAGACUUUCACUGACAGGUCCUCUCUCAUCAAGCACAGUCGUGUCCACACUGGUGAGAAGCCCUUCACCUGCAGUGUCUGCAGCAAGAGUUUCACUGACAAGUCCUCUCUCACCAAGCACCAUGGUGUUCACACUGAUGAGAAGCCCUACAGCUGUGGUGACUGUGGCAAGAGGUUCAAGAGCAGCUCCAAUCUCACCCGGCACCGCCACAUCCAUGCCACUGACCAGCCCACUCUACAGGGCAGUCACAAAUAGACCCUGAGUCUCUUGGGUAAUUGGGGUGACCCCAAGAGGGCCUUUCCAGCAGAUGGAACCAAAAUCACCUCUCUUUGACCUGCAUUUCUCAGAGCUAGGGGCUCUGGCAGGAACAAACAACCCCAGUCCUUUUAAACACCAGUUAGUGUUAUGAUGAUGUGAACAGUGAUGACAAUGAUAAGUCUGCACAACUGAUGCAGGCACUGGAACUGGGCAGAGCUUUGCCAGGAUUUAUCUGGUUCCUCUCUAAUGCUUUGGGUAUCCCUGAAUUUAAAAAAAAAAACAACAAACCUUGUCCAUUGCCCAUGUGUCAGUAAUAACCCAAAGUUACCAAACUCCUGUCUUUUUCAGUUUUAGUUAGAACAUUCCUUCCCCCAGUGCCCAAGUGUUUGGGAUAUUUGUUCCCUAGGAAUGGGACUGGAGCUAUGUGCCUGGUUUAGAAAGAUCAAAGUGAAACUGUCUGAAGAGUCUUGAGCUCACCUUGGGAGGGUCUCUGGGGCAUCUCAGAGGGGUUCCUUGUUUUGUGUCUGGGGAUCUGAGGUGUUUUGAGGUCUGGAGGGUUCUAGGAUUGACUUUGGAGGUGCUUUGGAGGGAUAAGGAAGAAUCUCAGAGAGGUGCCAAGUUCAGAUGGAAAGCUGUAACCAGUGGAGUUUCCUGGGGACCAGUGCUGGGUCCAGUCCUGUUCAACAUCUUCAUCAAUGACAUUGGAUGAGGGCACAGACAGAGCCUGCUCAGCAUGUUUUUUGAUGCCACCAAACUGGGAGGCUUGGCUGAUACAGCUGCAGGCUGUGCUGCCAUCCAGCAAGACCUGGACAGACAGAGCGGAGCACAGAGGAACCAAAUGAGGUUCAACAAGGACAAGUGCAGAGUCCUGCACCUGAGGAGGAAUAAUAAACUGCAUCAGUACCGGCUGAGAGGUGACUGCUGGAGAGCAGCCCUGUGGAGAGGAACCUGGGGGUCCUGGUGGCUAACAAGUUAACUAUGGGACAGCAAUGUGCCCUUGUGGCCAGGAGGGCCAAGAGGAUCUUGGGGUAUAUUAGGAAAAGUGUGUCCAGCAGAUCAAGGGAGGUUCUCCUUCCCUCUGCGCUGCCCUGGUGAAACCUCAUCUUGAAUACUGCUUUCAGUUUUGGGCUUCCCAGUUUAAGAGGGACAGGGAUCUGCUGGAGAGGGUCCAGCUGAAGGCUAUGAGGAUGAUUAGGGGACUGGAAGGCACUGCCUUAUGAGGAGAGGCUGAGGCAUCUGGGGCUGCUUAGUCUGGAGAAGAGAAGAUUGAGAGGGGAUUUCAUGUUUAUAAACACAUGAGGGCUGGGGGUCAGGAGGGAGGGGAGGGACAGGCUCUGCUCCCUGGGAUAGGACAAGGAGCAAUGGGUGUAAGUUGCAGCACAAGAGGUUCCACCUCAACACAAGGGGGAGCUUCUUUACUGUAAAGGUCACAGAGCACUGGAACAGGCUCCCCAGAGAGGUUGUGGGAUGUCCUUCCCUGAAGAUUUUCAAGGCCUGUCUGGAUGUGUUCCUCUGUGAUCUGUGCUAGAUUGUGUGGUCCUGCUCUGGCAGGGGAGUUGGACUCAAUGAUCUCCUUGGCUCUCUUCCAACGCUAAUAUCCUGUGAUCCUGUGGUCUCUAGAAGAUCUCAGCUUGUGUCAGCUUUCCUCUAAGGGACUCUGAGGCUGAGAUAAAUGAGAUGAGGAUUUGGUUACAGCUUGAAGCUUGCUAAGAGAGUUUUAUGUAAGUUUGAUUUUGAAUUUUUAGGUUUUUUUUUUUCCUUUUCUGUGCUGCAUUGUAUUUCCUUUCUGGGGUCUGAUGUGCUGGGGUCCUGUGUGUGCUUGUGGUGGUGCAGGGAAAAAGCAUAAAGCAGUUUGCAAAAGAUAAAGGUGAAGCAGGGCACAAGAGCGAGAGAGAGCUGUUUGCUUGCUCAGCUCUUCAGCUUCUCAGGCUUUGGAAGAUGACCAAGGUCAGUGAAGGGAACUAGCAAAGGCCUCAGGGAAGUGAGGAAUAUCUGUCCUCCUCUGCCCAGGCCUGUGCUUCAGUCAUGAGGAACAGCUGCUGGCCUCUCUGGGAGAGAAUCUGACAGGUCUGCACCCCAGUGUACCCUGUGGUUUUCACUGCAUGGCAAGCAAAGACAAGCUGCUACUGCUUCUGAUUCUGCUGAAAGGACUCACAAAACACCUGUAGAUCCCAGUCAGGUUCAGAGGGGCUCUGCCUCCAAGUAGCUGGAAGAGAGACACAACUGGGUUUGCUGGACUGUACAGAACCAAUGGCUUGGCAUGCUGGAGAGAUGGAACCCAUCUGCAUUUCUGGUGUGCCAGAGGGAUCUGCACUCCUGCAUGUGCUGGAAGCUAAGCGCUGGAAUGAAGCCACCAUUUGCUUUGACUUGGAGGGGUAGAAGGAGUCCCUGGACAUAGCUGCCACACUCAACUGCCUCAGGGGUGGAAACACAGAGCAGCUGCAGUGAGCAGUCCUCUGUGUACCACAAAGUGAUCUCGAAGUGAAUGAGAAUGGACAGGAACUGAGCUACGAUGUCUGCUGUUUGAUGCUGAUUCCUGAUGAACAGGAUGCAGAUGACAUGGAAUAAGGGGUGGAGAUUGUUAUUGAUUGAACUGAACCUGCUGCUGUUAUUGAGAGCAUGCUGCAGCCAUGCCAGCUACGAAAAUGCAAGUGCUGACUGCAGCAAAGUGUGAUGGGGCUUUGUAGCAGUGAUUGGAAAAUUACCCAUGUUAGUGAUGGGAAAACUUGGUAGGUCUAUGAUCGGUACAUGUAAGCGAUGGACAGGGGCCGUGCUGUGUUGUGACUCUCUGUCACCUGUGGACGUGACUGCUGGACAAGGCUUUCCAUGUAAUAAGUGAAGGUUAAAGGGAAGAAAUUGGAGAAAGCAAGUAGCAAAAUGAUGCAUGGAACUGGGCUGUGUGCCUCUGGAACCUUGGAGGGUAGGAGGACACCACUGUGUAAGCGGUGAAGAGGGUUUCUGUGUAAGUGAUAAAGAGGAGAGGAGAUGUAGUAAUGACCGUCAAGAGUACAAGACUACUACCUUUCUUUUGCAUUCCAAGUGUGGUGGUUUUUUUAGCACUACAUGACUAAGGGCAUGCUUUGGUGGCCUUCUGGCAUCUACUGGCCCCAGGUGCCAGGGUGCAGAGGGUUCAUAACUAACCUGGAGCUGCGACACAGUGCGGAAGCCAAUUUUGGUCAACGCUGCCAUCAGUCUGCCUCAAAGGCCAGACUCUCCACCACUGUUUGCUGUUCCAUCUGUUGGGGUUGAUGGUGUGUUGGUAAGUAUUAUGCUUUUGCUGUGCUAGGUAGUGGGUUGCUUUUGUGAUCAUAGUCCAGUUAAUGAAUUAUCUCUCCUUCUAUCCAUAAAGCAGGGUAUGUAUUUUCUUCAUUGCUGAGGGCACCUACCUUUGUGUCAGCUGUCUAGGACUAUAGACAGUCAGUGGCCACUGUGCAGGGAUUUGCACAGUGACAAUGUAGGACCUGGACAGUGAGUGUGAAGCUGUCCAGGGGUGCAUAAAAUCAGCAUAUUCGUUGCUGCACUCCAGUUCUUCAAACCUUAAUAGAAACAGGCUUAAAGUUCAGAUCACAGCAUGGGAGGCUUCCUGUUCCAGUUGCUGCUUCUGGAUUCUUGGAUGCUAGCUCUUUCCUGCAAUCAUGGUGGCAGAAACAGUGGCAUUCAGGGAGCUGCUGGGUUUGGGGUUCUGUUUCAUGCCGUUUUGUUUUUUUGCUGUGUAUUUCACUGCACUGCUUUUGCAAAUAGUCUGAGCUAAGGUACUCCUGCAUUGUGUUGUUAGAUUGAUAAGAUGAUUAGCUAAGGUAAUUAAGCAUUGUGCUUAUGACAUCUUAUGUUACAUUAAACUCUUAUCUCUUUCAGCCCUGAUCUGUGUUGCUCUUCCCCUGACUUUUGUGUUGGGGCAGCAGGCAGCCCUUGCACUAAACCAUUACACCUGUCCAUGGCUGAGGGCACAGCAGUUACCUCGUCCCCCACCAGCAUGGCCUCACAGAACAACCCAGACAAGAGCUGGGAGGAGAAGGAGCACCAAGAGAAGAAGAUGGAGCAGCCAAAGUGCAGCCCUAAGAAAGCAGAGGAGGAAGAGGACAACAUAGAGGAGGAGGAUGAGAAUGAUGACUAUGAUGAUGCUGACUGUGAGGGGGAGAACGGUGGGGAUGCAUAUCACCAAGAUGAUGAAAAGAAGGAGGGGCACUGUCACAUUCACACCAGAGAGAAGCUGUUUCCCUGUGCUGAGUGUGGCAAGAGCUUCACCUACAGGUCUGCCCUCCAGCCCUCACACACCAGUGAGAAGCCUUUCACCUGUGCUGACUGUGGCAAGAGCUUCAUCCAGAAAUUCAAUCUUGCUAUCCACCAACACACACACGCUGGCAAGAAGCCUGUUGUGACUGCAGCAGGAGUUUCACUCAGAAGUCCUCUCUCAUCACACACCAUUGUGUCCACACUGGUGAGAAGCCCUACAGCUGUGCUGACUGUGGCAAGAGGUUCAAGAGCAGCUCCCAUCUCACCCGGCACUGCCUCAGCCAUGCCGCUGACCAGACCACACUGGGGGGAGGUCACAAAUAGACCCACCCUGGGUCUGUUGGGGUAAUUGGGACCACCCCAAGAGGGUCGUUCCAGCAGAUGGAACCAAAAUCACCUCUUUUUGACCUGCAUUUCUCAGGAGCUGGAGGCUCCAGCAGGAACAAGCAACCCCUGCCCUUCUAAACACCAACUACUGGGAAUUAAGAAUAAUUACACUGAUGAGUUUGCACAGCUGGUGCUGCCACUGGAGCUGUGCUGAGCUCUGCUAUGAUUUAUCUGGUUGUUCCCCAAUGCUGUGGGUCUCCUUGUCCAAUGUCUAGGUGUGAAUAAUAACCAAAAUUACCUAAA